AUGGCUGAUUCUGACCCUGGAGAAAGAAACUAUGACAAUAUGCUGAAAAUGCUGUCAGACCUGAAUAAAGACUUGGAAAAGCUACUGGAAGAGAUGGAGAAAAUCUCAGUGCAAGCCACAUGGAUGGCCUACGACAUGGUGGUGAUGCGCACCAACCCCUCGCUGGCAGAGUCCAUGCGCCGUCUGGAGGAUGCCUUCCUCAACUGCAAGGAGGAGAUGGAGAAGAACUGGCAAGAGCUGCUCAAUGAGACCAAGCAUAAACAGUAG